UUCCUCUGGUCGGAAUUCCAAUACUGCCUGUUCCUAUCCAGUGUCCCUGGUCCUUUUUACCCUCCCUUGAAGGACGCCCUUCUUUACAUGAAAAUCAAAGGGUUCCUUUCGGUCUCUGGUCUGAUCUCCGGCUUCGGACCGGCUCCCGCCACUUCCGAUAUAUUCCGAAGUGAUUUCUAUCCCGACCAUUGACUAGUUUUACGCCGAGUCCAACUAAUGGAGUACUUUGACUUUGACGAAGCCUCUUCCGGGCUUACCCCGCGGGGUCGUGAAAAGAAGAGGACUUCUGGCCGCGAAGUCAAUGACCAAUCGCAUCCUGGAGAUGCCACAAAAACAGCGAUUGGGGGCCCAUCAGACUCGGAUAUACCGAGUCUCGAAGCAAGGCAUACAAUGAGCAGUACUCGCUUUUCACGGGAGACCGUUCGCAUUCUCAAAGGCUGGCUCCGUCAACACAAUGAGCACCCUUAUCCAACGGAGGAGGAAAUGGACCACCUGAGGCUGCAGACUGGAUUGAAAUCGACACAAAUCCGGACGUGGUUUGCUAAUGCCCGGCGCCGAGCCAAGGGCCGCUCCGCUCCACCACGCAGCCCUAGUCCCAGUCCUCCAGGAGCCAUCAAUAUCCCCGGCCAGCACAGUGUCUCGCUGAUGACGCCCCUUGAGCGUUGGCAACACUCACCUCCUGAACACGAACCCGCUGCAACCAUCAACAUUAUCCGAGCUAUAUCAGAACGCCCCCGAGAACCCUGUCCCAUCAUGCGCCGUCAUGCGAGUUGGCCGAGCCUACCUUCAGAAAAUGAACCUGACCAUGAGUCCAGCUGUGACAUGUCGGGCGUCUUUCCCGCGCCAUCACUUAGCAGUUUUGACACGGAGAGAUUAUCUGCUUCGAAUCGCUCUUCCUGUACAUCUGCAUUCUCCCAUAAUUCCUCUUCGGGCACCGGCUCAGGCCGAAGACACCAACGUCGCCAACGCCGUCGGAAACCCGCCCGUUUUGCCAACGCUUUUGUUCAACAUAAAAAUCGAGGGUCUCGUAUGUUUCAAUGCACAUUCUGUACCGACACCUUUGCUACCAAGUAUGAUUGGCAGCGGCAUGAGAAAUCCUUGCACCUUCCUCUCGAAACGUGGAGUUGUUCACCAUUGGGAGGGGUCGUCCCGUUUAAUGGGAAGAUGGUCUGCGUCUUCUGUCGAGCCCCUCAUCCGGAUAAGGAUCAUCUCGAGUCACACAAUUACAUGUCGUGCCAGGACAAGCAUCCGCAGGAACGGACCUUUUACCGGAAAGAUCAUCUCAACCAGCAUUUGCGAUACAUACAUGAUGUCCGGUUCGACAAGUUUAUGGAAAGUUGGAAGAGCACUCUACAGGAGAUCAAGUCUCGAUGUGGAUUUUGCAACGUCAACUUCACCACCUGGGAUGAACGUAUAUCUCAUCUCGCUGGGCAUUUCAAGGGUGGCGCGGACAUGCGUCAAUGGCAAGGCGACUGGGGAUUCGAGCCGGCCGUGGAAAGUCGAGUAGCGAACUCCAUGCCUCCCUACCUGAUUGGGCAGGAACGACUGACCAUGAACCCUUUUACGGCUGAUGCAACCAACGAUCUUGAACACAGUACGGAGAUUAAUGAACCUGCUCUUCGAGACCAAGAGGAUGCCAACUCCUGGCGUCGUCUGCAACAAGAACUCACGGCCUAUAUCAAGCAGCAAGCGGCAGUCGGUGUCGUCCCCACUGAUUUGAUGUUGCAGGACCAUGCUCGCGUCGUCAUUUACGGCUGCGACGACCCAUGGAAUCAGACUUGUGCGGAUAAUCCCGUUUGGCUAAGCAUUCUCAAGCGAGAUAAUGGCAUCGAGACCGUCCCCGACUCUGAAUCCAUCCAGCUGGACAACCUGGGCAUGCAACCGCCCUUCGCUCUUAAUGGAGGUCUCCAGCUGCCUCCUCUGGAGACUAACGAUAUGGCAAGAACGAUUUAUAGUCGUGAAUUACGGAGACUUCACUCCCCGGGCUGGGGCUCCGAUGAUCCUGUGUGCCUUGACAGGCCAAGCGGGACCGAGGAUAUUCCUAGCAGUUAUGCGGAGAGCAGUGGAUAUGCAUCAGCUGCUUCUGUCCCCACUCUCUCCACGGACUGGGAUACUAGUCUGUCGACCAUGUACUCAGCGCCGUCAAUAUCCGGAGGCCCACGUUUCUCCGGUCGGGGGGAAUCGCAAGCCUUUCUAGGCACGAGCACCAUUGGUCAUGACCAUAUUUUCGGAGGCAAGGGCUGGGACCCGGGACUGUACAUGGAUGGAACGGGCAUUGAGUAUAAUUAGGCGCGGCCAAUAUCCGAUCAAACUCCUCGCAAAAACAUUAAUUCAUACCAAAUCACCCCUCGUACCAAACCAUUAGUUUGUCCCACAACCCCAAUUCUUUCUCUUCAUACCUCCUAGCAUUGAACUCCGUCCACUCCCAAAACUUCAUCACAUGAGGGCCAUUACUCCUGUCAUUCCAUUCCUCGUCCAGUGGAAACGGCGACGGAUCAAAGACCAGUCGCAGGGCAUAUUGUGAACCAUCGCGUACGUUAUGCAUGAUGUCGAAUUGAUUCCUGAAUCUGCCUUGCUCGAGUCUAAUAUUGUACGUCUUUGGCCUGAAUGCCUCGUCGUUGAGCCACCCCUCAUUGAAUAUUUUUCUAUUUGUGAUCUCGUGUGGGAGGCGCGUUGUCAGCGUGAUUUCGAUGCUGAAUUCGCUGACUAGCUUGGAUUUCCAGCUUUUGUUGUCUAGAGUUACCACCUGG